AUGUUCCUUUCGGCGGCCGUCGGGCUCAAUUUGAUCUGCGUGGCCAGUUCAGCUGCUACAUGGCCAUCUCCAGCCUACGACGAGAUAGAGGACCUGAUGCUGCUGAACUCCGGAGUCAACGCUCGCAACUUUCCAUUUCCAGUGGUUCCGUGCACCUUCGCUCCAACUCCGGGUCACUCAGUGGCAGGAGGAUUCCUCAGAACCGCCUUUCACGAUAUGGCUCCGGCAGACGUGGCUGCGGGCACCGGCGGUCUGGAUGCUUCAAUUGGUUUCGAGCUCCUCGAGCCAUACAUCGAGAAUACCGGUCCAGCUUUCAACGCCUCUUUGACCUACUACUCUAAAUUCUUCAGCAGCCGAGCGUCCAUGUCCGAUCUGAUCGCCCUUGGUGUUUACGCCUCCGUCAGAGCGUGUGGAGGUCCUGCGGUGCCUCUUAAAGCUGGUCGAAUUGAUGCUACUCAAGCUGGCGCAGUUGGGGUACCCGAUGCGAAGGACGAUAUUACCAAGUUGACUGGUGAAUUCGCCAGGAUGGGUUUCUCGCCAACCGAGAUGAUCCAGAUUGUUGCUUGUGGACACACUCUCGGAGGUGUUCAUUCAGCAGAGCACCCUACAAUUGUCCCUGCGAACACGACAACUCUUGGAGUCCAAAAUUUUGACGCGACUAAUAACACGUAUGACAACUUAGUUAUCAUAGAAUACCUCGAUGGCAGUACUAAAAACCCUCUUGUCGUUGGCCCUGAUUUGGAUGCUCGUUCCGAUCUACGAGUUUUUGCCAGUGAUGACAACGAGACUAUUUCUGCAAUGCAAACCGCAAAUUCCUACGCUGGUACUUGCUCGACAAUCCUGGCGAAAAUGCUCGAUACCGUUCCCUCGAGCGUGACUCUGACGGACAUAAUCACUCCGUACCCGGUCAAGCCAGUAAAUCUUCAGCUCAACGUGGCACCAGGCGGCGACAACCUCAUCUUCUCCGGACAAAUUCGCUUCUGGACCAACACAGUGCCAGCUUUGUCCAUCUCAAGUCUAAAACUUGUCUACAAAGAUAGGUCAGGGGCCGGCUCUGAGAACAUCGACACCUUAGUUGCCGGCGACGCUGCUGGGUUUGAUGAUACCUUUACUUUCUUUAACUUCAGUAGCGGGAUUCCCGCCAAAAGUUCAAUCUCUUCCUUUACUGUCGUCAUCACCACUUCGUCUGGCAUUGUUGCCUACGACAAUAAUGGCGAGGGAUUCCCGGUCUCGGACACGAUCUUUACACAAACCGCAAAUUCCAUCGUAUCCUCCGCAGACUCCGCUGGCAACUUACUAGCAACUAUUGUUGCAGCGGUGAGACAUGGUACUACUGGCGAAGUUGACCUUACCCUCUCGCUCGUUAAGGCAAUGACCUACAACAACCUCCCUACCCUUGUUAAGCAGAAGGUUACUAUGACCAAGGUGUGUGAGUCCAAGUAUUACACCUUCUACAUGGGAUCUUAUAGCUUCCCUGCCGCGGCUCUGAAAUUCACAAAGUACGAUGUUACUGUGGGCUCGUCAUCGGAUAGCUUCAAGAGCUUGGUGGGACUGUCUGCAAGUGCGAGUGCUCUUUCAUGCAUUGGAGUCUCUGCUUCGACGACUUCGACUUCAAUUUCGACUGCUUCGACCGCAUCGACAGUUUCCAUCUCGACCAAGUCUAGCACAAGUUUGACUGCCUCUUCAUCGACAUUGUCCUAUCCCAGCAAAUCGAGCACAGCAUGGGCUUCUUCCGUUUCGACUGCUACCUCCUCCGGCAAGCCCAGUACGAAGGGUUCCCACUGGACUUCCGGCUCGAAGAUGUCCAUUGCGAGUACGGUCCCAUCGCCAGUCUCCUCCACCACAAGCACCACAAGCGAGUCAGUUCCCUAUACCAUAACCGUGGUCACAUCAUUCGAGACUUAUUGCCCCUAUGCCACCAAGUUCAGCUACAACGGAAAAUGGUACACGGCGAUAUCUGCCACCACUAUUACCGUCACGGACUGCCCGUGUACUAUCUCGGUGCCGUGGACCAACAAGGGAGCGUUCCCAACAUUCACCGCCACAACAAGUACAGAAACCGGGAUCCCUUCGACUCCCACGAGUUUAGCGAACUGGCAACGGAUUAGCAAGGGGCUCUCUUCUGAACCCACUUCUACUUCAGGAACUGCCGUGGCUGCAGCUGCCACCUCCACGAGCGGCUCUACGCUGGGCGCAGGUAAAGGCUCAGGAUCUGAGUCUGGCACUUCCGUGUCGCACGUUUCGCCCGCCAUCGCUACAUUCACUGGUGCUGCCGAUGCGGUGACCAUCAACUUCAUGGCUGUCCUAAUGGGUGCUGCAUUGCACUUGUUCUAG